GUUGCAUCAAUGCCAAUUUCCCAUAACAAUAUUUAUAACUUUUUUAAGUGGGACUCGUUCUUGUUCUACUGUACAGAGAGAAAGAACCUUAUUUUGUUCUUGUCUAUUUUUUCACGUUCUCUAACAAACAUCAUCUCAAAUGUUCGAUAAAAAUACUUAAAACAUUCUCGAUCUUACAUAUUUCCUUGUUCUCCUUCCUUCCUUUCUUUCUUUCUUUCUUUCUUCUCUUUCUCUUUAUAUAUAUAUAUGACGUGUGCUGCUCUAUUUUUUAGAUUUAUACUUACUGUGACUAAACAUAAAACCUUAAAUUUACAAGCAAAAGAUAAAACAAAAUAAUGUCUCAUUCAAAUGUAACUGGCACUCUCAAAAACUUUGGUAGUGAUGUAAAUUCAGAAGGUAAGAUUCGUUUAACUUGUACGGUUCAGACAGUUGAGGAGAAGUCAGUGCACGUUUUCGCGGGUCAAUCGUAGAUUUUCUACCAAUAUGAAAUACCAGCUUUAUCCUCAGGAAGACUAGAAUUGAAUGAAUACCGAAAGAUUCAAUGUUCUGGGUGCUCCCGAUUGUCGAUAAUAUUUAGAUGACGAGUAAGGAGACGCAUGUUAACUUGCUUUGUACUGUGGCAAAUUUGUUCUAAAAAGCACCAAAAUAAUGUAGUGUUUUGUGUAACUUUAAAGUGUUUGUUCUUUGUUUUCAGGUAAACCAUAUCACGAGCAUGGCGAUAAAACUGAGAAACACGAUGACAAAUGUACAAGUGGUAAAUGUGAGCAUAAACAUGACGAAAAAGAUCAUGCACCGCAUCACGGUCACGAUAACCAGUAUCAUAAAGAUUUAAAAGGCUCGGUUGGUAGUGGCUCGGCAAUGCAUAGUGGUGAUCAUAAAAAGGGGUGUUGUGAUGACGGUAAAUCUGACAAAAGUUAG